CGCUGGAUCUCCUCGACCAAAACACCGAGGACCCGAGCUGCUUGUCAACAACCGUGCAAGAGGGCGUGAGAGCCGGAGUGCAAACUUUCUCAGCGUCGACCGAGCAAACUCAGAAGCUCCACCAAAUCAUCUCCCACCUGUCCGGCAGACAGGCCGCCUCAAUGCAUUACAGAGGACAGAAAACACCGCGGGGAUCAUGGAUGUGUACGAUUUGUUUAGUAGUUGCAGAAAGGGCGACAUUUGUAGAGUCAGAUAUCUUGUUGAACAAAGAGAUGUGGACCUCAAUGUAAGAGAUAAAUGGGACAGCACCCCUUUGUAUUAUGCUUGCCUUUGUGGCCACGAGGAGCUGGUCCAGUACCUGUUGGCUAGUGGUGCCAAGUGUGAAGCCAACACGUUUGAUGGUGAGAGGUGUUUGUACGGCUCUCUGAAUGACUCUGUACGACGCCUGCUCAAGGACUACAAGUGUAUCAGUGUCCGAGCCAUGCAGCGGGAUGAUUUCAACUACUUUCUGCACAUGUUAUUGGAACAGGGUCAACACAGCGAUGUCAAGUUCUUAGUCCAUGGACAAAUGUUUACAGCCCACCGCUGUGUUCUGAGUGCACGCUCGGAGUACUUCACUGACAUGUUUGAGACCAAAUGGAAAGGGAAGAACAUGAUCACCCUGAAACACCCAUUGGUCAAUCCUGCAGCCUUUGGAGCCAUCCUGCAGUAUUUCUACACAGGACGAAUGGAUAUCGACAUAAGCCUUGUGGAGGACUCCAGGCGACUUGCUAAACAGUGCAAAAUGGCAGAUCUCAUAGAGGAGCUGGAGAAUAAAUGCAAACAGGUGUAUGAUUUUGUGUCCAACAAGCCAGGAGUUUGUGUGAAGGUUCUCAGCCUGGAGCCUCACAGCUGUCAACUUCAGGAGGAGAUGGCUCAGUUAGCAGAUUGUGCACUUCCCACUGAACUGAGAGUUGGAUUUGGUGAACUUCCUUUUAACAGAGUAGACCACUUCCCCACUUAUCCUGACAUCUGCUUCAGAGUUGAGGGUUACAGUUUCUUGUGUCAUAAGGCUUUUUUCUGUGGUCGUAGUGAUUAUUUUAAAGCCUUGCUGAUGGACCACUUCAGUGAGGGAGAGCAGCUGCAGUCUCAGCCCAGCACCCCAGUGAUCACUUUACACAACAUUUCCCAUGAAAUAUUUAUCCACAUCAUGUAUUACAUCUAUACGGAUGACACGGAGCUAACAACAGAGAAUGUGUUUGACGUGCUGUGCGUGGCUGACAUGUAUCUGCUGCCGGGGCUAAAGCGCCUUUGUGGGAAGACACUCGCUAAGACUAUAUGUGAAGACAACGUUCUCUAUAUGUGGAAGACAGCGAAGCUUUUCCGUCUGUCUCGGCUGGAGGAUUACUGCACAGAGUUCAUGGCCAAGAACAUUGAUCGCCUGGUGGAGCAGGCUGAGUUUGCCGAGAUCAUCAAAGAGGAUGCUGAGUCAUUGGAGGAGCGACAUGAAACCGACUCUGUCCCACUGGUGGAUGACAUUCGCUACCACAUCGCCAGCAAUGUGCAGACUUACAGCGCGAUCGAAGAGGCCAAUCAGAAACUGGAGGCCUUGGAGGAGCUGCUCUCUAGAAUUAAUAUUGACUGCUGAAGGGAUGGCAAGUCGUGGUCCGUAGUUACAGCUGCUGCAAAGUUUGAAGUUUGGAAGCUGGAUGCUUUGGGAGGGGACAUGUGGUGGUGCAAAGACCUGUAGUGAGAAAAACAUAUGGGUCUGUAUGUUUGUAGGUUUUCUUUUAUUUUCAGCUUAUUGUACAGAAUAUACAAUAUAUUUUCAAAACAUAUUCUAAUGUUAAAGAGGAAUAAUCAGAGAAAGCUAUCUAUGUUGGCUGUUUUAAGUUUCUUUGAGAACUACCAAAUGUGAGAGAAGAUAUUCGGUAUAAAGGUUUUGAGGGAAAUAUUUAUGUAUACUUAUGAAAGAUGAUCUUUAAAUUGCACUUGCAUGAAUUUAUUUUAAGGAUUAUUUGUAAGUGCUACAAAAAAGCAAAACAAAAUUUGCUGGUAACUUAACACUUUUAAAAUGUGCUUUGACUUUAAAUCAAUCCAUGUAGUGACAGGCACUUGAUACGUAUGAGUAAAAAGACAAAUAGCACAGUUUACUUUACUCAUCCAGAAAAUGUUGUUAACCUCUAUGAAGCUACAUAGAAUAUAGCUUUAUUUUAUGAUUUUGAGAUGCAACUUUUAUUUUGGAUUUAGCUGCAGAACUUAACCUCACGAUUCGACCUGUAACAUUCCAUGAAUGCUUACAAUUAUCCCCCUCUAACAUAUUUCUACCUUUUCUUCACACUUAAAAUGGAGAAACACAUUUUCUGCUGCCCUAUAUGACAUCAAAUCUGUUUUAUCCAGUGUACAGUGCACAAGAAAAUACAAGUGUUACUAAACGAAACCAUUUGCAUGUUAAAUUAACCACUGACACAGUUAAAAUGAGCUUAAAUAUCAAGUAUUUCUCAGUCUCACCCUGCUAUUAUAAAAAUAAAUGAACAACUGGUCUUGGUUUUGGCAAUUAAACAUAUUAUUGCAA